AAAAUGUGCCCCCUAUCACAUUUUCUAUCUGUCUCCUGCAGGCCCGGAAACCGACUUUUCUCUUCUUGUUCACGGGCGGACUCCCGUCGAUGGCCUACAUUUCUAACCCAAAGUGGCUUAUCUCGUUGAGAGAAAAUUGUUGCAUUUAUCCUAUUCCAAGUUCAAAUAAGGCGUUUUUACGAGAAGUUUUUUUUUACGUAGUCCUCUUACUUUUUUUUUUUCUUACAGAAUUUUCAGCGCCCGUUGUCCUUGCACACAAUACACACCGCCGGACACGAAGAUGGCUUCAAGCAGGCAGAAGGAGAUGACCGCGUUCUUGAAAAAGCAGGGGCUCAGGUUCCCGGACGGCCCUCCGCGCUUGGUCAUGGGAAAGCUGGACGAUAUGACGAUGCUGCAGGAUACCAGCAUGGACGAAGAGAACCUUCCGGAAGAACCGGAAGAGCUGAAAGCGAUGAAGAGGGAGUUCGAGGUGAAAGCUUGCUGCGAACAGCUGAAGGACCCAGCGAAUGUCCUUCCGUUGUUGAAGAAAACUGCAGCGAAAAACACCAUUAUUCUCUUUGCCGAUAACCAGCGCUUCCUGCUCGAAACAGGGUGCUACUUCAGCAUCAAUAUUUUUCUGCCCGGCGCCCGAGAACUUGCUCUUGAUACAAUAAGCGGCAAGUUCGACUUGGAAGUGCUGACCGCGAAACAGUUGGACCGCUGGUACCGGCACUCGAUGAGGUUCAUGCGUUUUGGAGACCCGUUUUCCAUGGCGCGCGGAUUUGAGGCCACACGCCACGUAGAUUUGAAACCGGUAGCCUACGAGAUCGCCAGCCUGGAUGAGCCGUACGUGGACAUAUUGCCAACCCACGACGCGCCCACCGCGCCACGACCACGCAUCACCCUGGAAAGAAAAGACGCGACAACUACGUUCGCUUCGCUGGGGUUCUGUCGUACGAAGCACAUGAUUGUCGUCAAACAAACCGAAAACGUCCGGAUGGAGCCAGACAGUUCCGACGAGGAAGAGGAACGGAACAGAUUAGUUGCGCUGACGCCGUCGCUUGCGCAACUUGCCUUGCCAGAUUUCGAACGUACUGAAGAGAUCGAAGCCUGCCGCGACUUCGGACCGCUGGGCAAAGGCGACCUCGUGGAGAUUCACUCGUUCUGCGCGGAAACCAACAAGCACAUGGCGAAGUUCAACGGGAAGCUAGCUUUUGUCGAGAGUGUGAAACAUCCGGAACAGCCUGGGAAGCUCACGAUUCGGGUGCCGACACUGCGAAAUGCAAAAUUGGGCAUUUUGCCUGAAAACCUCAAGCUAGUACGGGAAGAGAUCAUCAUGGAUGAAUUUUCUCCCAACAGUGGUGCUGGGAGUGGAGCGACCGCUUCAGCUGCAUCUGGCGCACAAAACGAUCAUGUUGUUGACGAUACGGAUUAUGCAGAAUUAGCAGGGGAACUGGUGAUCGCGCUGCGGGCCGGUCGUGAAUCCGGCGACGCAAAAUCGCUCGGAAAGGAAAUCGCUGUUGCGGAAGCGCUGCUCGAGAAGAAGAUCAUUUUUGCUCCGCCGAGUCAGGUCGCGCAAUCCGCUGAAGGAGUUUCCACCUCUUCCGACAACGCUGUGCAAGGCAAAGCCAGGAAGCAGCUCACAAACGUUCUCAAACAAGCAAAGCAGACGCUUGACGAGUUGAAGAAAAGCGGCAUCGCAGCAGAGGCCGAAGCGGUGGACGAAAAGCAGCCGACCGGUUUCGAGGGCAAGGACUCGAGUUCGUACGACCGCAAUUUGGUAGUGGAAUUCAUGGAAUGUUUUGAUGCAAAACACCAUGCCAAACUGAUGGAUGUUCUUCACACGAAGACAAAGAAGCGCGCAAAGCAUUACAAUGCGAGUUUUGGCGCCGACCCGAAUGAUAGUUUGUACACACAGCACGUCGGUUCUUUGACAAGGCGAACUAGUGUAAACGCAACGCUUGUCUCAAUCGUGAACCGCAGGAUCAAGCCGUUUCUGCAUGUCCACCGCCCGGGCGUCAACUGCGACCACUGGCUGAUAGAACGAGAGAGCACCCGGCGCGCCCUAUUUCACGUGGGAUAUCUGAUGCAACAUCUCCGCGGCGACACCUCUGCGGCUGAACAAUGCGUGGAGCCGCUCCUGCAGAAACUCGCUGUGUCAUUCUUCGCGCAGGCUGCCCCGGAAGUGGUCGCCGCCCGCGAGGCCCUGUGCUUGCCGUGGGCCAUUCAUGCGAAUCGGAGCACAAUCCACGACGAGUGGUUGUACUUUUUCUGGGACGACGGCCGCCCUGUUGUGAUACCGUUCAUUAGACCCAAUCUUAUCGACUGUCGCAACCUAGCAUCAAAUUGGUUGCAUUCCACAGUGGUGCCCAGUUAUGACGUGCGAGACCAGGCCUUGCCGAAAGCACAGCCGCACCCGGUUUCGCCGGCAACGAGAAACAAGAAGGGAAAUAAAAGCAAACCGGCAAAUAAGAAUCAACCUAGCACGUCGGCUGCACAAGACGAUCCUAGAGCCACCAUUCCGCGCGGCUUCUGGAUUUCCCGGCAGCAUUGCGCGCCGAAUCUGGUCCAAGUCGAAACCACUUCGUUCCUUGCUGUCGAAAUCAUUGACUUCCAGCACUACCUUGCGGACGGAGCCGAGAAAGUUCAACAGAUGGCAGAGCAGCUGGGCCCCAUGGCAGCGUGCUUUGGAGAGGACGGCGCAGAAAGGUCAAUUGCGCAAUCGCUUUUUGGGGGGCAGCAGCUGCGGACGGGACUGCGAAAGCAGUUUUUGGACCGCCCGGACACAGCGGAAGAGCGAGAACUCUACGGCGCGCGCGAUAAGAAAGGCGACCUCGUUGCUGAUGACAAGAAGAACUGCUGGAACCUGAAGCGCAUGCACUGGCUGACACGUCUGGGCGAGCAAAAAAAGCGCGCGUGUUUUGGCGCCGUGUUUCACGGCGCAGCCGCCAAUGCCGUUUUCCGUGGGCCGGCACACGCGUCCUCCGGGUCACACUGGAUUACGCGGGGCGAUUCUUCUCCCUACGACCAACAGGUGAUCGACGCUAUUGAAGCGUAUCUCUUUGAGAAUGGCCUCGUCGGAGUGUGUGCAAAAAACCGGCGCUGCAUCGCGGGACAGAUUCCGUUUGCUCUGCCCCAACCAGAGGACGCUAUGGACAAGUACCUGGAGGACAAAUUCUGGCAGGAACAUCGAGAUGACAGCGACGGAGCCCCCACCAGCCCGACUCCGACGUCGGGCGACGAUCUGACCGCGGAGGAGCUGCUCGAGGCCGCUCUGGUUGGAUGCGAUGACCCCGAGGCGCUCCAGGAGGUUUUCGCGGACAAGACGCAGGGGUGCGCUUUCGGUCCGGGCAUGGAAGCGGCACAAGCCGAAGUUGCAACUCUUCUGCACCAACAAGGAGCAACGACACCAGCAGAAAGUCAAGAAGCGGCCGCUUCGUACUCCGGUUUGACCUCCUGGUUAAUGCCGAAGAAGAAGGAGAAGACUCGCGGAGAAGCCGGGAAAUUCAAUCUGCAGUCCGCGCGUGACCGGGCCCGGCAGUUCCGCGAAGCGUGGGAAGCCGAGAACGAAACGACGGCGGACGAGGCGAUCGAGCGGUCCGCCCGGAAGGGCGGCUUCCGGUUGGAGGAGACGAAAUCGGUUGCCAGUAAAGAGACAACCGCGAGCUGUCUGGACGAUGAUGACGUAGAUGACAUUGAUAGGAGUUCCUUUACUGCCAUGACCGAACACCGCCUGCAGCGUGCUCGUGCGGUCGUCGGCGUACUGGCGCAGAAGCGGAUGCGGUGGCGGCAGACGAAGCGCGGACUGAACCUGUUGUGCAAGGCGGGUCUUGUUGGGAUUGACGCGGAUCCGGAAACCGGGGUGAAAAAGCUGCGCCUGAACACGCGGGGAUCGCACCAGGUUUUGCACGGGCCGGGGGGAUCCGCGACCAUGGUGCGCGACCACCGGGGGACGGCACCGCUGACGGGGAAGCAGUUUGUGCAGACGAUGGAGAGAGUGGUGGAAGUCAGCGAGAGAACUCGGGGUACGGCUUCCCUCUGA